ACUUUCAUUACAAAACAAAAAACACUCGAUGGAUUUUUCUGCUUCUCUCAUGAACAAAUACCAAUAACCCCCAAUUCACAAAACCCAACAACCUUUUUUUUAUUUAUUUAUAUUUAGAUAUAUUAUUUUCUUCUCAUUUUCUUGAUUGUUUUCCGCAAUGGAUACACAAGAAAAGAACCAAGAACACUACCAAGAACUACUUUGUUCAUACUUGGGUAUAAGUUUUGCAAUCUUUAUAGGAUUUAUACCAAAAAAGUCACAAUCUUUGAUCCAAUCUUUACAGACCCACAAUGAAUUAUUGUCAAAAAAGGUGUUACAAGCUGAAGAACAGCUAGAGCAGCUGUUUUCAAGAAGAAAAGAGGAUUCGAAAGCAAAUGCAAGAGUUGUUGAGAUCUUUGCAAGUCAUAGACAUGGAUGGCAGCAAGAAGAGAAAAGAUUGCUUAGACAAAUUGAUGAAAAUGUUGAAGAGAUUGCUAAUUUAAGAGCUAAAAUUGAAGAUCUAGAAAUUAAAGUUGAUGACUUGAAAAGGGAAGUUAGUGAAAGAGAUGAGUUGUUGAAUUUUAUGACUAAUAGAGUUGAUGAUGAUGAUGAUGAUGAUGAUGUUGUUGAGGGGGUUAAUCAUGGUUUUAAACAUGGUAAGUAUGAUAGUAAUUAUGGGAGUAAUAAUAAUGAUGGUAAGUAUAAUGGUAAUUAUGGGAAUAGUAAUGGUGUUGUGGGUGAUUGUUAUAUGGAAAGAGGGAUGCAUAAUGUGGAUGAUAUUGGGUCAAUUUAUGAUGGGUAUGCUAUGCUUAAUCCUUCCGAGAUUUCAAAUUCCGGGGUUUCAAAAUUCUUGGCUGAAAGAUCAAAUCUUUGGCAGGGUGUACAAUAUGGAUCUGUGGAACCAGUUCAUGACUUCAAGCAUUAUGUAACGAGGAGAGAGUCACCUUGGAAGGUAGAUGGUGAUUCAUCUGGGGUUUCUGCAAAACUAAAACUACUCGAACAGGAGCUUCAGAACUUGGAAAAUAUCGGUGCAAAUGAUUUGUCAAAAGUGCCAUCGUUAAUGAAAAAACAGGCAAAAAGAUAUCAAGCUCUUGCUGGAAAAAUUGAUGAUCUUUGUAGAAGAAUGGAGAAUGAUCCUUGUGAACCAAAUGCGGGUUUAGAGUUCCGAACACAGAGACAAACUGAGUUUUUGCUGGAAGCACUGCGGCUUCAGCAGCGUGCUUCAGAAACUGGGCAGAAAUUGCUGUCUUUGCAAACAGAAACAGGGACAGGUUUUAAUCAUGGGAACGAUCCGUUAGAAGGCCGUGCACGAUUAACUACCAGACUCUCAUUGAACUCCAUAAGAAACAAUUUCAGGGAUAUUCAGAGAAACUUGGAAAUAUGGUUAGCAAGAAUCAUUGGAGACGUUGAAGGGAUUUUGGCUAGAGAUGGUGCUUCGCGAGUAAACGAGUAUUAUAUAUCUCCAAGAUAUCCUUUUGUUCAACAGGAAAGAUUUAAAGUUUAGUUUUUCUUUUUUCUUUUUGACUAAUCUGAACUGAUUGAUUAAUGGCUCAAUCUGUACAUGUUUUCUUGGCCUCUAAAUCUCGAUUGCUGACCUCCUUUUUCUAUGCAAAUGUGCAUCGGGUUAUUUUGUUCUGA